UCAUUGCGAUAAACUGAUGUGUGCAGGUUAUGUAAAUUUAUAGAAUUGUUAAUGAAAAUAUAAAGGAUUGCUGCACUUCUUGUUAAUAAGACAUUGCUAUGGUAUUCUUGAAUCUUCCUUUGAUGGUAAGGGCCCGUGGCCCCGAUGAAUUCUGGCGAAAACGGCGUAUUUUUAAGCUCGCUGCGCAUUAUCGCAGUCGAACACGGAAUGUUUACACCUUUGCCAUACGCAGCGUACAUCGUGCCCUCGCCUACGCAACCAAGGGACGUAAACUCAAGAAACUGGAUAUGGCACAGCUGUGGACAACGCGUGUUGAAGCCGGUUGCCAACAGUAUGGAGUUUCUUUAGAUGCCUUCAAGGAGGGCCUUGCACGCUCUGAUAUCUUGCUGAACAAAAAAAUAUUGUCGGAAUUGGCAAUUUGGGAGCCACGCUCAUUUGAGGCAUUGGUCAAUAUUUCACGAGAACGUGCUGCUGUCGAAGGCUACCCCGACAUUAAACGAAGGUCGGCCUUUAAUCAGGUCUAUGGAUUGAAUAACCUGAAACUGGAUUAGUUUUUAAGUAUCUAGAUGCAAAUAUAGUUUUUAUAUGUUAACACUGAA